UCUAUCGAACAAGUCGAAUCGUUUGAUUUCGCGUGACAAUGAAGAAUCUCGUGAAAUUCCAAGCCACCAAGUGUCUCGUGCUCUUUUUGUUCGCUUUCGUCGCCUAUACGACUGCUGAAGCAGAGGAUACAAUGCCCAAACUGAUCAGAAGUUUAGCGGAUUUAUUUUCGAUCAGCACAGACGCUGCUAGUUCAUGCGUCCACUCGACAAUGGCAACAAUAGAGGAUAUGAGACUGUUCGAAGAUUCACUGGCAGAAAAAGUCGAUACUUUCGGAGGUAUAAGUAUAAGAAAAGCUUCCUGCACUCUGGCUUGCUGUGCUCAAGCGCAAGGAACGAUGUCAGGCUCGAAAUUGCAACUGGAAGUUAUAAACAAUGUGAUCCAGAAUGCGAGAGGUCGAGAUGUCGACGCACAGAUAAAGCUCAUGUACAUAACGUUCGUGAAACAAUGUGAGAAUGAAGUGAAAAAUAUCACCGAUCGCUGCGACGUUGUCAUGCACUUUAUAAGGUGCAUGAGCGACAAAGUCAGAGAGACCGAUUUCUAACACUUCGAGUGCUAUGGAUGUAUACACGCGUAGACUACUGGUAGAUGCUAAGAAAUGAAUCGAAAUAUUGGAUUUAUUUUUACGAAUAUAUAUAAUUCUAUGACUAUCUUUCCUUACAAAUGAGUAUCGCGUUUAUGGUGAUGGUAAUUUAAUUUCGAAGUAUUUGGUAGUCAAAGGGUUAAAAAGAAAUGUACCCUGUUUUGUCGUCUCUUUUUUUUUUUUAUGAAAUAUAUACUUGAAAACCGCAUAGAAAAUUUUCGAAGAGUUUUUGCAGAUCGUAUCAAAUUAAAUAGGUAAACUGAAAUGGUUUCUCUCUUCUCCAACGGCGAAUAAUGCAUUUUUCUUACGAUAAUCGUUCAGCGCAAAGAAAUUUCUUUAUACAUAUGUAAAUAGACGUCGCGUAUGAAUAAAAUCGACGCAGUUCUUUACGUAAGAUCGAUGACAUAACAAGUGUUCCAUGAACGUCCCACGGAAACUGCGAAACUUACAAAUUCAACAACAUCGAAUUACAUAUUCGUGAAAAAUAAAUCUAUUUAAGUUGUGCAGUAUCAAUGAAUUCAAUCGAGAAAUUAAGGCGUGAAAAAUUGAUGGCAUAUUUAAUAAAUAUUGAAAUUAAUCACAUUUUGUUAAAAUUAAUGUAAUAAUAACAAUUCAACCUAUGAUAUAACCUC